AUGACCGACUCACCGACCUUGCACAUAGACGACCUCCUUUACAGCUUCAACGUCCAGAAUGACAACCUUCGCCAGUUCCUGUGCGACUUGCUUGCAUCCGGCAAGGUACCGCUACGCGUUGUAGAUGAGCUCAAGGGGUUCAGCUUGAUGCGAGGGGUUGAAGGAUGGGAGAUGAUAUUUGAGGCUACUGAAGAGCUUAGGCAGAGGGACGGGAAAAGCUCGGAGGGAGAUGAUGAGGCUGGUCGGGAACACAAGGAGGGGGAGAAAAGGAAGUUGGAAAAUUGGAGGCAGCGGAGGUUUGGGAGAGAGGUAUCGCAUUUCUUUGGUGAUGACGUGGAAGAGAAUGGAAGGGGUCGGGCUAGGCGUUGUAAGGAGGGACACCGGGAGAGGUCUCAACUUCGUGGGAGCGGAUGUGUUUCAUUCGAAACGCUUCCUUACGGCGAGGAGGCCACGGACAUGUCCACGGAGGUAAAGACCGAGCAGGCUGAAGCUCCAGCAUACGACAGGUUAUCCGAUAAUGGCCUUGGGAGCGACCCGGCUUUGGACCUCGAGCAGACCCAAGACAUUUCAACUGACGACCAAGGUUCUGCACACCUGCUCUCUCCUCACUCGACGUCAAGAACCGGCAAAGAAUCCAGUUCAAUAUCCAGAUCUCUUCGAGCAACGAAAUCUCCUUUCUUCGUGCCAUUAACCCCAUCUCCGAACAACACGCAUUCCAGACAGCUUUUAUCUUCAUCCUCGUCACCACACCACAAACGCAAACGCCCUCCCCGCGGCACAGUCUCCUCCCUUCCCAUCCCCCCUCUCUCCUCCCCACGCUUUGGCCUUAUCCAAGAAGACCUCGCCGACGACCCCUUCGCCCUGCUCAUCGCUGUCACUUUCCUAAUCCGCACCACCGCCCGUCAAGCACUCCCUGUCUUCCGACAGCUCAUGGCGCGGUGGCCUACGCCUGAGGCUCUAGCCUCUGCGGAUGAGGACCAGAUCGUCAUGUUGAUCAAGCCGUUGGGUCUGAGCCAGAUUAGGUGUGCCGCGAUAAAGAGAUAUGCUAGGCGUUGGGUUGAGAUGGGGCCUCCAAGCAGGGAGAGGAGGUAUGGCGUUGUGGGGUAUCCGGAAAUGGGGGAUGGGGUAGGGUUUGUGAAGAUGGGGGAGGAUUAUGGGCCUGAAGAUGAUGAGGAGGCUGCUGCUGCUGCUAAAGAGGGGGAUGUGGUUACAGAUGCGAAAAGACGGGGCGUGGGGUAUGCGUGGGAGAUUGGGUAUCUUACGCAAGGAGCGUAUGCGAUCGACUCGUGGAGGAUAUUUUGUAGGGAUGUGUUGUUGGGCAGGUCGAAGCAUUGGACUGGGUGGGGUAGUGAGAGGGAGGGGUUUCAGCCGGAGUGGAUGAGGGUAUUGCCAAAGGAUAAGGAGUUGAGGGCUUGCUUGAGGUGGAUGUGGAUGAAGGAGGGUUGGGAGUGGGAUCCUGUGACAGGGGAGAAACAGCCUUUAAGGGAGGAGUUGAGGAGGGCCGUGGAUGAGGGGAGGGUAAGGUAUGAUGACCUCGGGAAUCUCGUCAUUGUGGAUGAAGGGGCUCAGAGUAGCGAGUAG